AUGGAUUCCGAAACCAAACAAACCAAAAUCCCGCCGAAGAAUUUCUCGAUCGAGUCUAUUGUGGGGAUCGAUCGACGCUCCCCGGAAAUCGACAUCGAGAAUAAUAUCGAUUUCAACGAUGAGGAGGUCAAGAAAGUUGGUUAUUACUUCCAAAAUCGUGUACCGAACUUCCCUUUCUUCAUGUACGAGAAAAGAAAUGAGUACCAGGGGGAGGAUUUGAAGAGGGCAAGCCCCGGGAGUGUCAGGAGUGAGGUGGACAGCGACGGCGCAGAGGACAGACCACACGAAUCGUUGAGUCCACAAUCAGAACAAAUAACAAAUUCAUCGUCAGUACCAGAUCCCAACAUCAGGAGAUACCGCACAGCGUUCACAAGAGAGCAGUUAGCUCGUUUAGAGAAGGAAUUUAUGAAGGAAAACUAUGUAUCAAGACCGAGACGAUGUGAAUUAGCAGCUCAGCUACAAUUGCCCGAAUCUACUAUCAAGGUAUGGUUUCAAAACCGAAGAAUGAAGGACAAGCGCCAACGUAUCGCCGUGGCCUGGCCCUACGCAGCAGUCUACAGCGACCCAGCCUUCGCAGCAUCUAUCCUCCAAGCAGCUGCAUCAUCAGUAGGCCUGCCUUACGGCUACCCUUCAGCCCCAAUGAUCCCCCCCUUCCACAACCCGCAACUUUUACCCUCGGGCUACCCGUACCCCUAUCCCUACCCCAGAUACCCGUACAUUCCACCAACCCCACCUUCCCCAGUCAACCCAGAAGGGCCAGUGAGACCCGGGUAUUCGAAUUUUAAUAUUAACGUUGAUAAGUAA